UCUCCGCUCAAUCCGUAACCACCAGCAACAGAGGCGGCGGUGGGGUGGUGAGGGGAGAGGAGCUUUUUAAUUUUUUUUUUCCUCCUGCAGACAAUAUCAUCAACAUUACAGUCAGUGAGACAGAAUACAAAAACAGCCGAUAUCCAUAGAUCAGAUAACGUUUCCUUUUUAUUUUUCAUGCGCACGAUUUGGUCACUUUACUGACCACCUCAGGUCCUUUUUUUUUUCUACGUAGAUGUGGCUGCAAAUCAAUAAGGCUACAUGAUAACCACAAGACGAGCCGUAGCCUCACGGGGCUGAAGAAGCCUCGUUUGCUUUUUCAGAUCAAAAAACGGCAUUUAAAAAAAAAAAUCUGAAUAUUGUCGUCGCACCUUUAUUUCGAGUGUGCGUGCCGGAGGACGCCCGGAGAAUCUCGUCGGGGAUUCGAGUCCGGACUACAAAACCGCGGUUCGGGAAGAACCGGAGUCCCAGCUGUGUGUUUCUUGAAAUCUUUUUUCGGUUUUCUGUUAAUCUGCCCUUUUUUUUUUUGCACAACCAUGGUGUCUCACAAGGCAGAGGCUCUGGCCACGGUGUUGCUUGUCCUGGGAAUUUUGCACAGUCUGGAGGUUACGGCUCCCGCCAGAGCCGUCGAUGCGCCGAAGACCUGCAGCCCCAAGCAGUUCGUGUGCAAGGACAAGAUCACCUGCAUCUCCAAGGGCUGGCGGUGCGACGGGGAGAAGGACUGUCCGGACGGCUCCGACGAGUCCCCCGACGUCUGUCCCCACAGCCGGGUGUCCAAGUGCCCUCCCAACGAGUACCAGUGCCUGGGCACGGAGCUGUGCAUCCACCUCAGCAAGCUGUGCAACGGGGUCCACGACUGCUCCGACGGCUGGGACGAGGGGCCACACUGCCGAGAGUUUGCCCUGAACUGCACGCACUUCGGGUGCCAGUACAACUGCUCGGUGACACAGAAUGGACCGGCGUGCUACUGCAAAAGCGGGUUCGAAAUCGACGCAGACGGCCGGACCUGCAGAGAUUCCGAUGAGUGUGCCGUGUAUGGGACCUGCAGCCAAACGUGCACCAACAGCGAGGGCUCCUACACCUGCAGCUGUGUGGAGGGUUACCUGCUGCAGCCAGACAACCGCUCCUGCAAGGCCAAAAACGAGCCGGUGGACAGGCUUCCCGUGCUCCUCAUAGCCAACUCCCAGAACAUCCAGGCCACCUCCCUGAGCGGCACCCCGCUGCACAACCUGCUGUCCGCCAGCACCAAGCAGACCACGGCCAUGGACUUCAGCUACGCGGAGGAGACGGUCUGCUGGAUCCACGUGGGCGACGCGCCCGCCAGCACGCAGCUCAAGUGCGCCAAGAUCCCCAACCUGAAGGGCUUCACGGACGAGAGGGUGGUCAACAUCUCCCUGAGCCUGCACCAUGUUGAGCAGAUGGCCAUUGACUGGUUGACGGGAAAUUUCUACUUCGUGGAUGACGUGGAUGACCGCAUUUUUGUCUGCAACAAGGAUGGGGCGACGUGUGUCACGCUGCUGGACCACGAGCUUUACAACCCCAAGGGCAUCGCCCUCGACCCUGCCAUGGGGAAGGUGUUCUUCACCGACUAUGGGCAGAUUCCCAAAGUGGAGCGCUGCGACAUGGACGGGCAGAACCGCACCAAGCUGGUGGACAGCAAGAUUGUCUUCCCCCACGGCAUCACGCUGGACCUGGUCAACCGGCUGGUCUACUGGGCCGACGCCUACCUGGACUACAUAGAAGUGGUGGACUACGAGGGCAAGAACCGGCACACCAUCAUCCAGGGCCUGCUGAUCGAGCACCUGUACGGCCUGACCGUCUUCGAGAAUUACCUCUACGCCACCAACUCGGACAACGCCCACAUGCAGCAGAAGACCAGCGUCAUCCGCGUCAACCGAUUCAACAGCUCCGACUACCACGUGGUCACUCGGGUGGACAAGGGGGGCGCCCUGCACGUCUACCACCAGAGGCGCCAGCCUACAGUGCGGAGCCACGCCUGUGAGCCGGACCAGUUCGGCAAAGCGGGGGGCUGCUCCGAUAUCUGCCUGCUGGGGAACAGCCACAAGACGCGCACCUGCCGCUGCCGCUCGGGCUUCAGCCUGGGCAGCGACGGCAAGUCCUGCAAGAAGCCCGAGCACGAGCUCUUCCUGGUGUACGGCAAGGGGCGGCCCGGGAUCAUCCGCGGGAUGGACAUGAACGCCCGGGUGCCGGACGAGUACAUGAUCCCCAUCGAGAACCUGAUGAACCCGCGGGCGCUGGACUUCCACUCCGAGAGCGGCUUCAUCUACUUUGCCGACGCCACCAGCUACCUCAUCGGCCGGCAGAAGAUCGACGGCACGGAGCGCGAGACCAUCCUGAAGGACGGUAUCCACACUGUGGAGGGGAUCGCCGUGGACUGGAUGGCCAACAACCUGUACUGGACGGACGAUGGCCCCAAGAAGACCAUCAGCGUGGCUCGGCUGGAAAAGGCCUCCCAGACGCGCAAGACCCUGAUCGAGGGCAAGAUGACCCACCCGCGCGCCAUUGUGGUGGACCCCCUGCACGGGUCGAACCCGUCCUACAUCCCGCCUCCGCAGUGCCAGGCCGGGGAGUUCGCCUGCAAGAACAGCCGCUGCAUCCAGGAGCGCUGGAAGUGCGACGGCGACAACGACUGCCUAGACAACAGCGACGAGGCCCCUGAGCUCUGCCGUGAGUGUGCGCGCACGCUCUGCCACCGCCGUUACCGUGGAGACAGCGGGGGCGGGGCAGUGGUUGAGACGGUGUAUGAUGGGCAGGAACUGAACCACGCCUUUGGCCUGUGCCAUUACAAGCAUUUUCUGUUCUGGAAUGAGUACCGCAGUGGCAGCAUCUACAAGCUGGACCAGGAGACCAAGACCGUCACCCUGUUGCGCAACGAGAGGCCGCCCAUCUUCGAGAUCCGCAUGUACGACGCACAGCAGCAACAAGGUUUGUCCCCUCUCCUGCCCCUCUCACCCACAGCUCGAACCUGCCCCCCUAACCAGUUCUCCUGCGCCAGUGGCCGCUGCAUCCCCAACUCCUGGACCUGCGACCUGGACGAUGACUGCGGGGACCGCUCGGACGAGCCCGCCAGCUGCGCCUACCCCACCUGCUUCCCCCUCACCCAGUUCACCUGCAACAAUGGCCGCUGUAUCAACAUUAACUGGCGCUGUGAUAAUGAUAACGACUGCGGCGAUAACAGCGAUGAGGCAGGCUGCAGCCACUCCUGCUCCAGCGCCCAGUUCAAGUGCAACAGCGGGCGCUGCAUCCCCGAGCACUGGACCUGCGACGGCGACAACGACUGCGGGGACUACAGCGACGAGACCCACGCCAACUGCACCAACCAGGCCACGCGGCCCCCGGGCGGCUGCCACAUCGACGAGUUCCAGUGCCGCAUGGACGGGCUGUGCAUCCCCAUGCGCUGGCGCUGCGACGGCGACACCGACUGCAUGGACCUGAGCGACGAGAAGAACUGCGAGGGCGUGACGCACAUGUGCGACCCCGCCGUCAAGUUCGGCUGCAGGGACUCCGCGCGCUGCAUCAGCAAGGCCUGGGUGUGUGACGGGGACAGCGACUGCGAGGACAACUCCGACGAGGAGAACUGCGACCCCAUGAUGUGCAAGCUCUCCUCCCACGUCUGCGCCAACGACUCGUCCAUCUGCCUGCCCGCCGAGAAGCUGUGCGACGGCAAGGACGACUGCCCUGACGGCUCCGACGAGGGGGAACUGUGCGACCUGUGUGCUCUGGGGAACGGGGGCUGCAGCCACAACUGCACGGUGGCACCAGGAGAGGGGAUCUCCUGCUCGUGCCCGCUGGGCAUGGAACUCGAGGCCGACAACAAGACCUGCCAGAUCCAGAGCUUCUGCGCCAAGCACCUGAAGUGCAGCCAGCGCUGCCAGCAGGAGAAGUACCUCGUCAUGUGCUCCUGCUAUGAGGGCUGGGAACUGGAGCCGGAUAAGGAGAGCUGUCGGAGCACAGGUCAGGAGGGAUGUGGGUGGCCCAAUCGGAGGGAGNNNCGCCGCAUCGAUCUGCACAAAGGCGAUUUCAGUGUGCUGGUCCCCGGCCUGCGCAACACCAUUGCCCUGGACUUCCACCUCAACCAGAGCACCCUCUACUGGACAGAUGUGGUGGAGGACAAGAUCUACCGCGGGAAGCUGCCUGAAAGUGGAGGCCUGGGCUGUACGUGCUGUUUCUCGCUGAGGGCUGAGCAGGUGCUGCUCAUGAGCCGCGGGCUGACGGAUCGCGGGGCGGGUGACACACCCCCUGCCCCUGCCCUCCUUGCCCACAAGGGGAACGAGUGGCAAACUGCAUGGAUCCUCUUCUGGACGGACUGGGACGCCAGCCAGCCGCGGAUCGAGGCGGCCUCCAUGAGCGGCGAGGGCCGGCGCACCAUCCACAAGGAGACGAGCAACGGCGGCUGGCCCAACGGGCUGACUGUGGACUACCUGGAGCUCCGCAUCCUCUGGAUCGACGCCAGGUCGGAUGCGAUCUACUCGGCGCAGUACGACGGGACGGGGCUGAUCGAGGUGCUGCGGGGCCACGAGUACCUCUCGCACCCCUUCGCCGUCACCAUGUACGGGGGGGAGGUGUACUGGACAGACUGGAGGACCAACACCCUGGCCAAGGCCAACAAGUGGACGGGCCACAACGUCACCGUGGUCCAGAGAACCAACACGCAGCCCUUUGACCUGCAGGUCUACCACCCCUCCAGGCAGCCUGAAGCUCCCAACCCUUGUGCGGCCAACGGAGGGAAGGGCCCCUGCUCACACCUCUGCCUGAUCAACUACAACCAGACCCUCUCCUGCGCCUGCCCCCACCUCAUGAAGCUGAGCCCGGACAACCACACCUGCUUCGAGUCCCGUCAGUUCCUGCUCUACGCGCGGCAGAUCGAGAUCCGGGGCGUGGACAUCGACAACCCUUACUACAACUACAUCAUCUCCUUCACCGUGCCCGACAUCGACAACGUCACCGUGGUGGACUACGACGCCCAGGAGCACCGCAUCUACUGGUCGGACGUGCGCACCCAGACCAUCAAGCGCGCCUUCAUCAACGGCACGGGGGUGGAGACGGUGGUGUCCGCUGACUUGCCCAACGCCCACGGCCUGGCGGUGGACUGGGUCUCCAGGAAUCUCUUCUGGACCAGCUACGACACCAACAAGAAGCAGAUCAACGUGGCCCGGCUGGACGGCUCCUUCAAGAACGCCGUGAUCCAGGGGCUGGACAAGCCCCACUGCUUGGUGCUGCACCCCAUCCUGGGAAAGCUGUACUGGACAGACGGGGACAACAUCAGUAGUGCCAACAUGGACGGCACCAACUACACCGUCCUCUUCACCAAUCAGAAGGGGCCUGUGGGUCUCUCCAUCGAUUACCAAGAAGAGUACUUGUACUGGAUCAGCUCGAGAAACAGCACCAUCAGCCGCUGCCGGCUGGAUGGCUCUGCGCUGGAGGUCAUCGAGGGGGUGAGGGGGAAGCUGACCAAGGCCACUGCGCUGGCCAUUAUGGGGGACAAGCUGUGGUGGGCCGACCAGGGCACAGACCAGAUAGGAACCUGUGACAAGAAGGACGGAGGGAACUGGAAGGUGCUGCGGAACAGCACGUCUCCCAUGAUGCACAUGAAAGUGUACAACGAGACUGCGCAGCAGGGUACCAACCUCUGCAGCAAGAACAACGGGGACUGUUCCCAGCUGUGCCUGCCCACCUCGCCCACCACGCGCGCCUGCAUGUGCACCGCGGGUUACAGCCUGAGGAGUGGGCAGCAGUCCUGCGAGGGUGUGGGCUCGUUCCUCCUGUACUCGGUCCAUGAGGGGAUUAGGGGCAUCCCCCUGGAGCCCACUGACAAGUCCGAUGCCCUUGUGCCAAUGUCGGGCACGUCGCUGGCUGUGGGCAUUGAUUUCCAUGCUGAAAAUGACACCAUCUACUGGGUGGACAUGGGUCUGAGCACCAUCAGCCGAGCCAAACGGGACCAGACCUGGCGCGAGGACGUGGUGACCAAUGGCAUCGGGCGCGUGGAGGGCAUCGCCGUUGACUGGAUCGCAGGAAAUAUCUACUGGACCGACCAGGGUUUCGAUGUGAUCGAGGUGGCCCGGCUGAACGGCUCGUUCCGAUACGUGGUGAUCUCGCAGGGUCUGGACAAGCCCCGUGCCGUCACUGUGCACCCAGCGAAAGGAUACCUGUUCUGGACAGAGUGGGGUCUGUACCCCCGUAUCGAGAAGUCACGUCUGGACGGCUCCCAGAGAUCGGUGCUGGUCAACGUCAGCAUUAGCUGGCCCAAUGGCAUCUCCAUCGACUACGAGGAGGGCAUGCUGUACUGGUGUGACGCCCGCAUGGACAAGAUCGAGCGCAUCAACCUGGAGACGGGGGAGAACCGGGAGGUGGUGCUGGCCAGCAACAACAUGGACAUGUUCUCUGUGUCCAUCUUCGAGGGCUACAUCUACUGGAGUGACAGGACCCACGCCAACGGCUCGAUCAAGAGGGGCAACAAGGACAACGCCACCGACUCGGUGUCCCUGCGAACGGGCAUCGGGGUCCAGCUCAAGGACAUCAAGGUCUUCAACAGAGCCAGGCAGCAGGGCACAAACAUCUGCAAGGACAACAACGGCGGCUGCCAGCAGCUGUGCCUGUACCGCGGUAACGGGCAGAGGACCUGCGCUUGCGCCCACGGCAUGCUGGCGGAGGACGGGCGCGCCUGCCGCGACUACGACGGCUACCUGCUGUACUCGGAGCGCACCAUCCUCAAGAGCAUCCACCUGUCGGACGAGAGCAACCUCAACGCGCCUAUCAAGCCCUUCGAGGACCCGGAGCACAUGAAGAACGUCAUCGCGCUGACCUUUGACUACCGGGGCGGCGGGGGCAAGGGCGCCAACCGCAUCUUCUUCAGCGACAUCCACUUCGGCAACAUCCAGCAGAUCAACGAUGAUGGCACAGACCGCAAGACCGUCGUGGAGAACGUGGGCUCAGUGGAGGGCCUGGCGUACCACCGGGCCUGGGACACGCUGUACUGGACCAGCUACUCCACCUCCACCAUCGCCCGGCACACCGUGGACCAGACCCGCGCCGGUGCCUACGACCGCGACACCGUGGUCACCAUGUCCGGGGACGACCACCCGCGCGCCUUCGUGCUGGACGAGUGCCAGGAUCUGAUGUUCUGGACCAACUGGAACGAGCAGAGGCCCAGCAUCAUGCGCGCCACCCUGUCCGGGGGCAACGUGGUGGUGAUCAUCGGCAGCGACAUCCGCACGCCCAACGGCCUGGCCAUCGACCACCGGGCCGAGAAGCUCUACUUCUCCGACGCCACGCUGGACAAGAUAGAGCGCUGCGAGUACGACGGCUCCCGGCGCCACGUGAUUCUGAAGAAUGAGCCUGUGCACCCCUUCGGCCUGGCGGUGUACGGAGACUACAUCUUCUGGACGGACUGGGUGCGGCGGGCCGUGCUGCGCGCCGACAAGUACGUGGGCGGAGACAUGAAGGUCCUGCGCGCGGACAUUCCCCAGCAGCCCAUGGGCAUCAUCGCCGUGGCCAACGACACCAACAGCUGCGAGUUCUCUCCGUGCCGUGUGAACAACGGGGGCUGCCAGGACCUGUGCCUGCUGACCGCGGAAGGGAGGGUCAACUGCACAUGCCGCGGGGACCGCAAGCUGAUGGACGACACCACCUGCAGCUCUGUGAACUCGACCUGCAGUGUGGUGGAGCAGUUCGAGUGUGGGAACGGCGACUGCAUCAGCUACAACCUGACCUGCGAUGGAGUCGCUCACUGCAAGGACAAGUCUGACGAGAAGCAGUCCUACUGCGCCAGCCGCAUGUGCAAGAAGGGUUACAGACGCUGCGUGAACGGUCGCUGCGUAGCCCACCGCUACUGGUGCAACAGCGUGGACAACUGCGGGGAUAACUCGGACGAGCUGCCCUGCAACAUGACUCUGUGUACCAUGGAGGAGUUCCAGUGCCGAGACGGGAGCUGUAUCUCCAGCUCCGGCCGCUGUAACCAGGUGAUUGACUGCGAGGACGCCAGCGACGAGAUGAACUGCACCUCGACGGACUGCUCCAGCUACUUCCGCCUGGGGGUGAAGGGCGUGACCUUCCAGAAGUGUGAGAUGACCACCCUGUGCUACGCACCCUCCUGGGUGUGCGAUGGCUCCAACGACUGCGGGGACUACUCUGACGAGAGGAACUGCCCAGACAAGCAGAAGCUGAAGUGCCCAACGAACUUCUUCGCCUGUCCGAGCGGCCGCUGCAUCCCCAUGAGCUGGACCUGCGACAAGGAGAACGACUGCGAGAACGGGGCCGACGAGAUGCACUGUGAUAAGUUCUGCUCCUCCACCCAGUUCGAGUGCGGCAACCACCGCUGCAUCUCCAGCCGCUGGGUGUGCGACGGGGCGGACGACUGCGGCGACGGCUCGGACGAGGACAGCCGGUGCAAGACGAAGACUUGCAGCCCGGAGGCCUUCCAGUGUCCCGGAUCCCACAUCUGCGUCCCGCAGCGCUGGAAGUGCGACGGAGACCGGGACUGUCCCGACGGGGCGGACGAGAGCACCAAGGCGGGCUGCGUGUUCAACAACACGUGCAGCGAGCUGGAGUUCAUGUGUCAGAACCAGCAGUGCAUCCCCAAGCACUUCGUCUGCGACCACGACAGGGACUGCAGCGAUGGCUCAGACGAGUCCCCGGAGUGUGAGUACCCGACCUGCGGGCCCAACGAGUUCCGCUGCGCCAACGGGCGCUGUCUCAUCAACAGACACUGGGAGUGUGACGGCGAGUUCGACUGUCACGACCAGUCCGACGAAGCCCCCAAGAAUCCCCGCUGCACCGGCUCAGGUGAGAGCGCCCCCUGGCAGGACGGCACGUGCAAUGGGGCUGUUCGAGGCCUGGCCUCAGAGUCCUCUGCAUGUCGUUCCUCCUCUGAUCUCCAGUUUCUUAAUAGGCGUAAUUAUUUGGAGUGGAAGUUAUCCAACAGCAGCAUCUACGAGGAGCCUUUCCUCAUCUUUGCCAACCGCUACUACCUGAGGAAGCUCAACCUGGACGGAUCCAACUACACCUUGCUCAAACAGGGGCUGAACAACGCCGUGGCCCUGGACUUCGAUUACCGGGAGCAGAUGAUCUACUGGACAGACGUGACCACGCAGGGCAGCAUGAUCCGGCGCAUGCACAUCAACGGCAGCGACGUGCAGGUGCUGCACCGCACCUCCCUCAGCAACCCCGACGGCCUGGCGGUGGACUGGGUGGGCGGUAACCUCUACUGGUGCGACAAAGGCAGGGACACCAUCGAGGUGUCCAAGCUGAACGGCGCCUACCGCACCGUGCUGGUCAACACCGGCCUGCGGGAGCCCCGAGCCGUGGCUGUGGACGUUCGCAACGGGUACCUGUACUGGUCGGACUGGGGCGACCAUCCCCACAUCGGUAGGAUUGGCAUGGAUGGGACUAACCGCAGCGUCAUUGUGAAAACCAAGAUCACCUGGCCCAACGGUCUCACCCUGGACUUCAUCAACGACCGCAUCUACUGGGCUGACGCGCGCGAAGACUACAUUGAAUUCGCCAACCUGGACGGCACCAACCGGCACACAGUGCUGAACCAGGACAUCCCCCACAUCUUUGCCAUGACGCUCUUCGAGGAGUUCAUCUACUGGACAGACUGGGAGACCAAGUCCAUCAACAGGGCGCACAAGACCCUGGGCACCAACAAGACCAUGCUGAUCAGCACCCUGCACCGGCCCAUGGACAUCCACAUCUUCCACUCCUACCGCCAGCCAGAGGUGUCCAACCACCCCUGCCAGACUGACAACGGAGGCUGCAGUAACCUGUGCCUGCUGUCUCCUGGAGGGGGCUACAAGUGUGCCUGUCCCACCAACUUCUACCUGUCCAACGAUGGUCGCACCUGCAUGUCCAACUGCACUGCCAGCCAGUUCGUGUGCAAGAACGACAAGUGCAUCCCCUUCUGGUGGAAGUGUGACACGGAGGACGACUGUGGGGACCGCUCCGAUGAGCCGGCCGACUGCCCUGAAUUCAAGUGUCGGCCCGGUCAGUUCCAGUGCGGCACGGGAAUCUGCACCAACCCAGCGUACAUCUGUGACGGAGACAACGACUGCCAGGACAACUCCGAUGAGGCCAAUUGCGAUAUCCAUGUGUGCCUGCCCAGCCAGUUCAAGUGCACCCACCCCAGUCGCUGCAUCCCGGGAAUAUUCCGCUGUAACGGACAGGACAACUGCGGAGAGGGAGAGGACGAGAAGGACUGCCCCGAAGUCACCUGCGCCCCCAACCAGUUCCAGUGCGCCAUCACCAAGCGCUGUAUCCCGCGGGUCUGGGUCUGCGACCGAGACAACGACUGCGUGGACGGGUCGGACGAGCCGGCAAACUGCACUCAGAUGACGUGCGGCGUGGACGAGUUCCGCUGCAAAGACUCGGGCCGCUGCAUCCCGGCGCGCUGGAAGUGCGACGGCGAGGACGACUGCGGCGACGCCUCCGACGAGCCCAAGGAGGAGUGCGACGAGAGGACGUGCGAGCCCUACCAGUUCCGCUGCAAGAACAACCGCUGCGUGCCGGGGCGCUGGCAGUGCGACUACGACAACGACUGCGGCGACAACUCCGACGAGGACAAGUGUGUGCCGCGGCAGUGCUCCGAGAGCGAGUUCGCCUGCACCAACGGGCGCUGCAUCGCCGGCCGCUGGAAGUGCGAUGGGGAUCACGACUGCGCCGACGGAUCGGACGAGAACGGCUGUGAUGUAAAGUGUGACAACGACCAGUUCCAGUGCAAAAAUGGCCACUGCAUCCCCAUCCGCUGGCGCUGCGACAGGGACGCGGACUGCAUGGACGGCAGCGACGAGGAGAAGUGCGACAGUGGUGCCGGGAGGAACUGCCCCCUGGACGAGUUCCAGUGUAACAACACUCUGUGCAAACCGCUGGCCUGGAAGUGCGACGGCGAGGACGACUGCGGGGACAACUCUGACGAGAACCCCGAGGAGUGUAUGAAGUUCCAGUGCCCGCCCAACCGGCCUUUCCGCUGCCACAACGACCGCGUGUGCCUGUGGAUCGGCCGGCAGUGCGACGGGAUCGAUAACUGCGGAGACAACACCGACGAGCAGGACUGCGAGCCGUCCGCAGCCACUCCCAGCUGCGAGAAGGACGAGUUCCGCUGCUCCAACGGCCACUGCAUCAGCUCCACGCUGCGCUGCAACUUCUUCAACGACUGCGAGGACGAGGGCUCCGACGAGUUGGGCUGCAAGAAAGAGUCCAGUAAGAACCACUGUCAGAGCAACCGGACGGUCUGCACCGAGUGGGGCGAGGCGCAGUGCGUCACCAACGGCUCGGACUCCUUCUGCUCGUGCAAACCGGGCUUCCAGAAGACCGAGAGCAACCGCUGCGAAGAUAAGAACGAGUGCCUGCAGUUCGGGCUCUGCUCUCACAUCUGCAACAACACCCUGGGCUCCUACAAGUGCAGCUGCCACAAGAACUUCAUCAAGAUCAACGAUACCUGCAAGGCCGACUAUCACAACCGGCAGGUCCUGUACAUCGCCGACGACAACGAGAUCCGCAGCCUGGACCCCAGCCUGCCCAAUUGGGUGUACGAGCAGACCUUCCAGGGAGACGCCAACGUGCGCAUCGACGCCAUGGACCUCCACCUCAAGAGGAACCGGAUCUUCUGGACCAACUGGCACACGGGCCGCAUCUCCUACUACGAGCUUCCCGAAUCGUCUCCCAACUCCAACUCCAACCGCAACCGGCGGCAGAGCGAGAACCGUGUCACUGACCUGGAGAUUCCUGGGUUGAAGAUGCCCCGGGGCAUCGCGGUGGACUGGGUGGCCGACAACAUUUACUGGACCGACUCCGGCCGGGACGUGAUCGAGGUGGCUCACAUGGAUGGCCUCAACCGCAAGACCCUGAUCUCGGGCAUGAUCGACGAGCCCUACGCCAUCGUGGUGGAUCCGCAGAGAGGGACGAUGUACUGGGCAGACUGGGGGAACCACCCCAAGAUCGAGACGGCCGCCAUGGACGGCACCAUGAGGGAGACGCUGGUCCAGGAGAACAUCCAGUGGCCCACAGGUCUGGCGGUCGAUUACUUCAACGAGCGCCUGUACUGGGCUGACGCCAAGCUGUCGGUCAUCGGCAGCGUGAGGCUCAAUGGCACCGACCCGGUGGUGGCCAUCAGCAGCCACAAAAACAAGCUCCACCACCCCUUCAGCAUCGAUAUCUUCGAGGACUACAUCUACGGCGUCACCUACAUCAACAACUUCGUCUUCCGGGUCAACAAGUUUGGCAAGGGCCCCAUGGAGAACCUGACCACGGGGAUUAACCACGCCACCGACGUGGUUCUGUACCACCGCUACAAGCAGCCCGAGAUGACCAACUCCUGUGACAGGAAGAAGUGUGAGUGGCUGUGUCUGCUCAGCCCCAGCGGUCCUGUCUGUACCUGCCCCAACGGACACACCCUGGAUAAUGGCACCUGUGUGGAGGUGCCAUCUCCCACACAGUCCCCCAGCUGUGAGUAUCUGUCCGUGCCUUCCUGCAGAGAGGGCUGCUGGGAAUGCAGAAAGCCCCUUGCCGUGAGACAGAAACGUUUGGGCUGGUUUUGUUUCCUUAGGCGCGCUACUCUGGCCUGGAAGGAGAGCAGGAGUGCAGAGGAGGUUUGUCCUAAGCAUGUCUCUUCCCCCUCCCCCCCCCCUUCUCUACCAGGGAUCCCCACAUGCCGCUGUCCCACCGGCUUCACGGGCCCCAGCUGCAACCAGCACACCUGCAAGGACUACUGCCAGAACAACGGCAACUGCACCGUCAACCAGGGCAACCAGCCCACCUGCCGCUGCCCCAGCGACUUCCUGGGGGACAAGUGCCAGUACCGAAAGUGUGAAGGGUAUUGUCUCCACGGCGGCACGUGCCAGCAGACGGCCAACGGCACCAAGCUGUGCCGCUGCGUGCCCCAGUACGACGGCUGGAUGUGCGAGAUAGACAAGUGCCACUACUGCAAGGAAGGGAAAUGCAUUCCUACCAACCCCAACAAGCCCACCGGAGAGGUCACCUGCAACUGCAGCAGUGGAGUCAUCGCGCCCAGCUGUUACACGUGUGCGGACUACUGCGUGCACGGGGAGUGCACGACCAACUCGCGCACGCGCCUGCAGGAGUGCAAGUGUCAGGCAGGGUACGGUGGCCAACGCUGUGAAGAUAAAGUCACGACCUUGGAUUCGACAGAGAACAGUGGGCGAACAGCCUCCAUCGUGAUCCCUAUCCUCCUGCUGCUGUUGGCGGCACUGCUGAUCGUCGGCACAGUUGUGUGGUACAGGAGGAGGAUGCGAGGUGCCAAGGGCUUCACGCACCAGAGGAUGACCAACGGGGCCAUGAAUGUGGAGAUCGGAAAUCCUGCCUACAAGAUCUACGAGGGAGAGCCUGACGAUGACGCGGGGGAGCUCCUGGACUCCGACUUCACACUGGACCCUGACAAGCCGACGAACUUCACCAACCCCGUAUACGCCACGCUGUACAUGGGGGCGCACAGCAGCCGGAACUCGCUGGCCAGCACGGACGAGAAGAAGGAGCUGCUGUCUCGCGGGGAGGAGGACCUCGGGGACCCCCUGGCGUAGACUCGUGCCUGCCCCCUACAGACACCAGAGCGCCAUUACACCAUUUUAGAUUCAUUUUUUUUUCCUUUAAAAAAAAACAAGAAAAGCAACAAAAAAAGAGAGAACACUGUAUAAAAUGUACAAAAAUGAAGGACUACUUUUGUAUGUGAUUGCAGUAUUAUAUUUUGUUCUUUUAAUUCUUCUGGUCAAAACAUUUUUCUAUAAGAAUUUCUGUUUUUCUUUUUUUAGCCCCUUUACCCAAAUAGCCACUACCUCUGUGCAAACAAAAAUGAGAUGAUGAUGACAGAGCAAUUUUUAUUUUUUAUUUUUGUAUUAAUGUAUAGAAACCAUCGUUCUAUUUCCAUAAUGCCAUUGUCUUGUCAAUGUGAGGUGAAAGGGGAGGGUGAGUGCAAAGGUGAAGGGUCAGAUGUCAAUGUUGUAGCUUAGGUCUGGGUUGGAUUCACUGAUUUUGUUUUUCUACGGUGAACUGUAUCGAGAGUUAAACUGGGGGUUAGAUUUGAAAGAAACAGUGAAAAUGUGUGCAGGGCAAGCGGGCAUUUGUACAGGAGUCAGCAGUGGUGGCUUCCACAGUAUUUUAAUUAAUUUUAUAUUUUAUUUUCUCAGAAAACAACGUAAUAGAGUGAUUGUUUUACUCCUUGCACAGAUGAAAUUUAUAUAUAUAAACGUAUAUAUAUAAAUAUCUAUUAAGUGUCUUUUGAAAAAAACCCACAUGAACACACACACACACACAGUAAAGAAAAAAUAUAUAUGCAGGAAAAGUAUUUUUGUUUUUGCCUUUCAAAAAUCUUAGGGCUCCAGAGACAUAGGAGUUGUGAGUGAAACACAAAAAAUAAAUAAACAUUCCAGGUCUGUUAUGCUUCCAAGUGGGAAGACUUGGGAACGAUCUCGGCGCCUUUGCGGGAACUCAGAGAUUGGACACAGACAAACUCUCUGCAUGGCGUCCUAAAGUGAGGUACUUUCGAGAAUCCAGUGUCUCGAUUCACUGGAAUGAAAGAGAUAAGUAUCAAGGUAGUUUUUUUUUUUAUUUUCUGUAAGGGCUGGAUAGCGUAUAGAUGUGACUUUAUGUAGAAAUUACAUUAUUUUCCUUUGUCACUUUUAAUCUUCCGCUUAAAUGUUGUUGGGGUUUUUUUUCUUGUCCAGGCUUAUUUUAAGUGCGUUCCUAAGAGAGGUUAUGUUUGUGUCUGAUUGUUCUUUUUUUCCCUUUUUAUUCUGUUUUCGUCUUCUUCGCGUUGCUGCUAAUACUGCCUUGUGUCCAGUACAUUCUCGAGCUCAGCUCUUCCUAUAGUCACGCUGAGACGCUGCUUUUGUGGGAGGUGACCAGCCAUAUCGCAAUGCAUGUGAACUAAAACAAGAACUAGAAUAACAAAUCCUUAUUGCUUACCCGAACACUAUGUAACAGUAUUCAUACAGCGUGAUUUUCGUUUA